AUAUACGCACGCACAUUCUGGUGCCGAGAGGGCGGAGUUGAGAUACUAUAUAUCGAACAAUUCGAAGAGUUAAAAAAUAAAUAAAUAAAUUUAAAAAAAUGCAUAACUUGUUCAACCGGAAACCAACAGAGACGCCGGAGCCAGUUAAAGCACGAGUAAAAGGCUCUCUCCCAGCAUGGUUACAAGGCACCCUUCUGCGCAAUGGGCCGGGUUUGUUUUCUGUGGGGGAGACCAGCUACAACCACUGGUUCGAUGGAAUGGCCCUGCUGCACAGCUUCACGUUUAAAGAUGGUGAUGUUUAUUAUCGGAGUAAAUACCUACGUAGUGAUACCUAUAACAAGAACACCGGAGCCAACAGGAUAGUGGUGUCAGAAUUUGGAACUAUGGCUUACCCAGAUCCCUGCAAGAGUAUCUUCACCAAAGUGUUCUCCUAUAUGUCCAACAUCAUCCCAGACUUUACUGAUAACUGCCUCAUUAACAUUAUAAAGUAUGGGAAGGAUUAUUACUCAACAACAGAAACAAACUACAUCCACAAAAUUGAUCCUAAUACUCUGGAAACAUUGCAAAAGGUGGAUUACCGGAAGUAUGUUGCAGUAAAUCUUGCUACAUCCCACCCACAUUAUGACCAAGAAGGAAACACUUACAACAUGGGCACCUCUAUUAUUGAAAUGGGAAAACCGAAAUACACAAUUUUUAAAGUUCCAUCAGCUGCAGCUGACAGUGCCAUGCAGCAGCCAUGCUUGAAGAACCUGGAGGUUGUGUGUUCCAUACCCUGCCACUCCUGCCUCACCCCCAGUUACUACCACAGCUUUGGGAUGACCGAUAAUUACAUCAUCUUCAUCGAGCAGCCCUUCAAGCUGGACAUAUUGAAACUGGCCACAGCUUACUACAGAGGGGUCAGUUGGGCAAGCUGCCUGAAGUUUGAUGCAGAUGAUAAUACAUUAAUCCACCUGAUUGACAGACGGACACAGAAGCCUGUGGCCACGAAGUUCUACACGGAUGCACUGGUGGUCUACCACCACGUCAAUGCCUAUGAAGAGGACGGCCACGUUGUAUUUGACAUCAUCGCAUACAAGGACAGCAGUCUGUACGACAUGUUCUACCUGGCUAACCUGCAACAGUCAGCAGAGCAGUUUGAGGAGAAAAACUGCCUCUCCUGUCCACCUGUCUGCAAGAGAUAUGUCCUCCCACUGCACUCAGCAAAGGAUGCAGAGAUUGGCAAGAACCUGGUAAAACUGGAGUCUACUACAGCUACAGCAGUGAAAGAUAAAGAAGGCAGCCUCUGCUGCCAGCCUGAAGUACACUGUGAAGGAAUGGAGCUGCCAAGGAUUAAUUACAACUACAAUGGCAAAAAGUACCGAUAUGUCUAUGCAUGCAGGGUGGAAUGGAGACCAUUUCCUACGAAGAUUGGGAAAUUGGAUGUUACCACGAAGCAGAUGCUGGAGUGGCAGGAGGAUGACUGCUGGCCAGCCGAGCCAGUCUUUGUGCCGGCACCAAAUGCAGUGGAAGAGGAUGAUGGGGUUAUUUUGUCCUCGAUUGUUUCUACCAACCCAAAUAAAUCUCCAUUCAUGCUGAUCCUGGAUGCCAAAACUUUCCAAGAAAUCGCUCGUGCCACGAUCAAUGCAGAUAUACACCUGGACCUGCAUGGCUACUUCAUCCCCCAGCAGGGAGAGCGCCCUCCCCAGGAAGACACCAGCGUUGCAAGAUAGACAGCUCUGAAACAUAUAAGAGAAUGUGGGCCUUAUUAUGAUUUUUAACUCAUACUAAAGAAUGUUUUAAUGGAUUAAAAAAGGUUUGCAAGAAGCCACCAACAGAUUAAAGAAACCACCAACAGAUUAUCUAACCAUGUUGGUUAUUCAGUUUUAGCAGUCACCAUCUUAUGCAAGGAGUAAAUCACUGGGGUCUUAUGUGAUUAUUUGAACUGCAGUAUUAAAAUUUAUUUUACUUUUUUGUUUUAGGUUCUUUUUUUUUUUUUACGUGUUUUUUUUUUUUUUUUUUUUUAAUUAUUGUGAUAUAAAAGAGAAACAUAUAUGGUAAUAUAAUUUUACUAAAAAGGCCAGUAAUGUCUCUAAAUUUCGUAAGGACAGGUUAUCUGUUUCCCGCUGUUAAAUCAUAGCCAAUUGGUGUAAAAUUGUAUAUUUCGAUCAAAAAAUGCCAUCAACGUAUGACAACUAAUUCUGUUGUGUUACAAAGACUAGAAUCCCACCUGAUGUCACAUAAUUGGACCAGCUAUUAUCGAUAUUGAACUUACCAUUUUAAAUUUUAGAAGUUAAUACAAACAAAUGUUCAAGGAAGGUUUAAAGCCCCUUUUGGAUAAGCUUGUUUAUGAUCUCUUGUUUUGAUGAUGGGAAGUAUAAAAUCACUUAGUAAACAGUCACCAAUUAGUGUAAAAUGUAACAGGAAUAUAGGACAUACAACAAUAACUACAGGUAUGGGUCUGGGGUGGUAAUACUGAAGUGUGAAACUCCAGAAAAAAUAUAUAUAUGUUCUUUUUUGUAAUAGUAAAGUUUUCAUUUUAGAUUUUACAUUUUUUUGUUGCAAACUUUGUACUUCAAAGAAAAGCAACCAGAAUUAUCAAAAGGCUGCAGAGGUGAAGUGAAUAAAUUGCUUUAAAGUCA